UUCAGCAUUUUCUUCAACAGACGGAGACGGUAAAUCUUGGAUUUUUCUUCAUUAUUCUAUCACAGAAUCACAAAGUUUCUUGAAGAUUUUUUACAUUGUCGCAGUAAUUUUCUUUAGCAAUUGUCAGUAUCUUUAUUCCAAGUCCAAGUUUACGAUCAUCAAUGCAGGUUUUAUGACAGUGAAUGUUGGGUGACUGAAAGCAAACAUGGAUACUACGGAUGCCUUAGAUUUAUCCAAAGAAAAUAUCCAACCUCUGAAACAAGGACGCAAAGCAGUUCAGCUAGGAACAGCCUUGCAAGCUCAAACCAACCAGGAGCUUCAGCAAAAAUUAGCAGCAGAAAGAGAGCAGUAUGAGUUAUUGAUUCGAAUGUAUGAAGGAGAUGACCCUCUUGGACCCCGCUAUGAGUAUGUGUCGUGGAUUGAACAAAGUUAUCCAAAACAUGGACCUGAAAGUAAUUUGAUUCCUCUCUUAGAAGAUACCUUAACUAGAUUCAAGGAUGAUGAAAAGUACAAACAAGAUCCAAGAUUUGUUCAACUCAUGAUUAAAUAUAUUGAUUCUCUACCGAACCCUCUUGAGAUAUACCAGCUAGUCUACAGUGAAGGUCUUGGAACCAAAUGUGCUCUCCUCUAUAAAUCUUGGGCUGAUGAAUUAGACAAGAACCAAGAUUUCAAACGUGCCAAUCAAAUCUACCAGUUAGGAUUAAAAAAUCAAGCUGAACCAUUCGAUGAUUUACAACAAGCUCAAAUACAAUUCCAGUUGAGUGUCGGUCGUCGUAUGUUGGGUGGAGGAGUCAAUGCUCAAGAGGACCAGCCAGCUGCAGAUCACUCCAGACAAGCCCUGUCAAAGUUAAAGAAAACAGUCGGAAGUACCCGAGUGAGCCGAGUUCAGCCAGGGACUGUCAUGAUGAAUCCCCUUGCACAAACUCAAAAACUUAAUGUCAAAUCGGGAGGAAUCCAAGUUUAUACCGAUGAAAAUUGUGAUCCUUUAAGUGGUCUUAAGAAAAUGAACAAGGUUGAUCAUGAUUUACCAAAAAGUGCAACUAUCAACAAGGAAAACAAAUUAGCAGCAGGCCCUUGGAACAAGCAAGGAUAUGGUAUGAAAAAACACGUUCCAAAAGCUCCAUCCACACCAUCUUUUCAAGUUCAUCAAGAUCCUGAAGCCUUGAUUCCAAACCGAGAAAUGAUGUCACAAGUCCCAGGCGCAUUGAAAACACGCAAAGCAGAAACAUUCUCUUGUCCAAUUGCUAUUUUCGAGCCACCAGAUCCAACCAAGAAACCCAUGUAUUGCAAAGAUAAGAUUUAUGCCGGCACUAAAGAGGUCCAGUUUGAGGAAAUAAGAGCUGCCCUGUAUAUGAAACGGAGGAUAGAAAUGCAAGCAUUAGAAGCUCGCAGUUUCAAUUCCACCAAUGGCAAUUCCUUUGGAAGUUCUUUCGCGGCUGACAAUACUCAUGACAGUGAAAAAUGUAGUUUCAGAGAAGGGUUUAAUUGCAGUGGACCAAAAAUUUCCGAUAACAAUGAGAGAGGAAACAUGAGUAAUGAGUUCAAAGGACCUGGAGUUUACAUGGAUAAACCGAAAUUGAAAGCUAAUGAAAAUAAAGAUCCUGCUAAUAGAUUUGGGGGAGGUAAAAUGUUCCCUCCGGAUAUUUCCAUCAACCAUCAGUCCUUUACCAUAAACACAAGAGAAGCCAUGAAUGUUGUAGCAGAAAUGUGGAAGAGUCCUGCAACAUCUAAGCCAAAAUUUCCUGAGCCCAAACCAGCACCAGCCAGCAUUGAGGUCUACACAGAUGACGAUGAUUUUAAAGUCCCCGCUCCAGUUAAACCAACAAAACCAGCAUUUUCUUUGUAUGUUGAUGAAGAAGAGGAACCCGUAAAUAAAGCAGGUGGUUCAAAAGAUGCUGGCCUUCAGUUCACCGUUUUCACAGAUGAGCCUGCACCUGCUCCAGAGCCAAAAGAACCGUUGAAGCUUCCUUAUAUCCCUUCACCUCACACUCAAGAUCCUCUGCAAGAGGCUGAUGGAAAAGAGAACAACUCGCCUGUAGAUUAUACCGUUUCCACUGAAAAGAGGCGACUGUCAGGAACACUAGUGCCUGCUGCUGAUAUUCCUGUCAUGGAAGAAAACAAUGAUAAUGAAGAGGAAAAUGAUAACGACCAGUUUUUGGACCGCACCAACAUGACAUGUAAUAUGACCUGCAAUACCAAAGCUUUUUGUUUUGAGCUACCCUCCUCAACGCCAAUGACCUCAAAUUUCAAGCCGAGGACGCCUCAUUCAAGUCAAGCAAUUAAUGGCUCAUAUUUAGGAGAUUUCAACUAUCCCACAACUGAACAGAAAAAAGCUAUGGAGAAUGAUAAUCUAAGUAUGAUACUAGAAGCAUCAAAAGAGCGCUAUAGCAGUUCCUCAGGAAGCUCUGCCAGCUCUGGAAUCCGUACUUUAUCUUCCAUGUACAGCUGUGAACGUAGAAGUCUUAUGACCAUCAGAGAGCGGGAAAGUAAAUCAGCAUUCGGAAAAGAAAUGCUUGAAGAAGAAGAUGUUAAAGACCUUCAAGAAAGUAUAAAGUACCUCGAAAUAAGUUUACCAGAUGAUAUUAAUCCAUUCUCUGAAGAGUUAAUCGAAAAACUACUAGCUAAAAAAAUACAUUUCCCAAGGCGGCAUCAUGAAAUUGGAUUGUGUCGAAUUGAAGGAGCAGUUCCUGUUCUGAAGCAGUCCUCAACUAUCACACUAGAUGAUGAAACUUACUCCAUUAUCGGAGAAAUUGGAAAAGGCUCUUACGCAAGAGUAGUAAAAGCCACUUACGGCCGACAAAAUGUUGCGUUGAAAGUUCAGAAACCUGCAUGUCCAUGGGAAUGGUAUAUUUGUAAAGAGAUCCAACACCGGCUGAACAGUAAAAAUAUAGCAAAAGGCUUCAUGAAUCCAGAUACUGCAUUCUUUUUCAAUAAUGGCAGCAUUUUAGUCUCUGAAUGGGCGCAGUAUGGCAGUUUGUUGAAUAUUGUGAAUGUGAACAAAGUAGUCACUAACAAAAUGUUACCUCUGGGUGUUGUUCUCCACCUUACUAUCCAAAUCUUGGACAUAAUCGAUCACUUACACAGCUGCAAGAUAAUUCAUGGUGACGUGAAGCCCGACAACUUUGUUCUACGCUCUGGUUUGUCGCAGUCGUUUGAGGAGCCCUCCAUUCAGCUUAUUGACUUUGGCCGUAGCAUCGACAUGACUCUGCUCCCUGAAGGCACCACUUUCUCCACUGUCGUGGAAACUGAUGGUUUUACCUGCAAUGAAAUGAAAGACGGCAAACGUUGGACUUACCAGACGGAUUACUUUGGUAUAGCAGGAACGGUUUACUUGCUCAUCAUGGCAAAAUACAUGCAAACUGUUAAGAUUAACGGGGUGUGGAAUCUCUCCAGCGCUUUUCCAAGAUACUCACGACGGGAUAUCUGGGAGCCUGUUUUUUACAAGUUAUUGAAUGUGGAGUCAUGCUCUGAUUUACCGAAGUUAAGAGAUAUUAUCAAUGACCUCACGAAAUACUUCCAUGAGACUGACUCGUAUCUUCUAAGAACUCAGUUUUCACACUUGAUGAAUGUCCUGAAAAAACAGUAAUAUUUUUAUGUUUUCUCAUCACUCUCAGGAAACUCGGUGAUCAUCACAACUUAAUCCCGGUUGAAAUCCAGGUACCUUAUGCUAAACGCCAGUAUUUUUUUGUAUACCUUUUGAAUCAAUUUUUGCCAUUUUAUUUUCUGAGUUAUUAAAUUAUACAUUGUAAAACUUGACUGUGAAUAUAGUUUUUAAGGCAAUUUUAUUGCGUACUUUUAAUGAUAGUUCAUCAUACUUAUACAUUGACUGGUUUUUACUCUCAUCUCUCUCAGUUCUAUUCUUAUGUAAUAUUAUCUAGUAAAUAUGAUCAGGACUGUUACAAAGAAUGAAAACAGCAUUGAAUUGAUCAGUAAAUCUGUAGAAUACUCUUACCUGUCAUUCCAAUUAGCUUUACCAGACUAAAAAUGAUUCAUGUAAAAUCUUUAAUUUGUUUGAAAGACUGCCUCCCUCUUUUGAGUGACAAAAUAAUUCAGCCUUUUUUUAUGGUGAUUUAUCCUGUGUGCAAAGGACUUCCGAUCUUAUCUCAAUUAGAAAAGCACCCGGUAAUUUUUUAGAUUUUGUUAAAUAAUGCUCUCUACAAUGUAUGUACUACUAGCAAAAUUUUCCAUCACAUUUUUCUGAUGAUAACUAACCUUGCAACAAGAUGGAGGUCAAUCUUUUUAUCUUUCCAGCAUAUUUUAUUGAUUCUGAGGCUGGUAAUUAUUCCUUUCAUUGCUAUUCUCUCUUCAAGCAUGUGUUUAUUAUUGUAUAUUAUUGUAUGAGGUUACAAAGAUGCCAACAACAUAAGCAAAUUUUUCUGAAGGAGUAACAAGAAAGUGGAGGAAAAAUCAUGAUCCUAAUCUGUCUUAAAAAAAAUUACUAUUUAGAAUUUCUAGCCUUACAUCUAAUUUGUACUUAAUUUUGUCGUGCAUUGAAUAAAAUUCAACCAAUUAUUUUAACUAUGAAGCGAUUAGUCGUACACAGCUGGACUAGUAAGAUGGUAGACAAGGUGUUACCACACUUUGUUUGUUGCACAGUAAAAAUUUUCACAAAAUUUACUUUUAUCUCUAUCAAUCGUUGAAGUGAUUCCCCUGAGGUUAGACAGUGGACAGAUUUGUCUUAAAUAUCCCCCUCUUACAAUAAAAAAAAUUUUGGCUAACUUCAAAUUUUGUUCCAGAGAAGGACAAUGGGUCCUAAAUCCAAUUUUUAAAAUUUUACACACCUUGCACAUUUUAACCACCCCCUCCCUCCAGAUUAAUCAUGGACUGAACAAACUUGAGCAAAAUAUGCUGUUGACUUCGUUGUGGUGUCAAUAGUUUUAACUGCAUUUAGAACUCUUUGAAUUCUUAGAGGAACUUUCUAAAAUA